UCAAAACACAAUUUCAAAAUGGUGUCUUGUUCAAUACGUAUGAUCAUGUGAACGGUGAUUAUUGCGGUGUUUAAAAUCUCAUUAAAGAAAUAGUGCAUUGUUGUUUAAUAUAAAGAUGAGUGAUCCUAAAAUACAACAUGGCUCAGGCGAUUUGAAGGGUUGGCUAUUCAAAUGGACUAACUAUUUAAAAGGUUAUCAGCGCAGAUGGUUUGUCCUGUCAAAUGGCCAUCUGUCAUACUACAGGGCUGAACCAACAGGGGGGCCAAAGAUAUCUACGCGACGCAAGCGGAGGGCUGGCAGAGCCUCCGAACAUCCUGCCGAAAUUUCACACACAUGUCGAGGAUCAAUAUCUUUACACGGGGCCUUAAUUCACGUAGUGGACGCUUGUACAUUUAUCGUGAGCAAUGGUGCUACUCAAACUUUUCACAUCAAAGCAUCUACCGAAGUUGAACGACAACAAUGGGUCACUGCACUCGAAUUGGCAAAAGCAAAAGCCAUUCAAGCCUUGGAGUCAGAAGAGGAGGAGGAGGAAUACCAAGGCAAUGCCAAUCAGAAGAUGGAACAAGUUUCAACAUUAAAAGACUUAUCCGAAAGAUUGGAACACUUGCAAUCAUGCUAUGAACUACUAGUGAAAAAAGGAUCAAAUCUUCAAAAAUGCAUAACUGAUUUAGAGACUCAGGAACCUGUUUCCCAUGAAUUAUCUACAAAAGUAAAAAGCCUUACCGAACGAGCCACACUUUUUCGUGUGGCUGCCACUGCGAUGAUUAGCGCAAGCAGCGAUUAUUUACAAUUGGCGCAACAGCAAGAACCAAAAUGGAGAAAAAUGGUACAGCACGAACGAGACCAAAAAGAAAGAAUCGAAAAAAUGGUUGAACAACUAGCUAGACAACAUUCUCAUUUAGAAGAAGCGGCACAACACGCCUUACCAGACUCAUUAAUUGAGCAUCAGAUGGAAGGAGAAAAGCAGGUGAGAAUAAGAAAAUUGUUGCCGCAAUCAGAUGACGACGAAGAUAACGCAGUUUUCUAUGAUGCACAAGAGACAGAUCCUGUAUCGUUAGCAAUUCUCAAUUCUCUCUCACGUGGACGUGAUCGAACUGAUUCCCAAGGAAGUGACGAUGGUUCUAGUUCAGAAUGUGAUCCAACAGUCACUGCUGAUCGUACAAGAAAUGACAAUUUUCUCAUCGUGACCGACUACGAAUCACUGCCAAAUUCACGUUUAAAAGCCCUCGAACUGGAUAAGACGCCUUGGCGAGCAAAUAAUGGUAGUAGCAGCGCCGGGAUAACAACCACAAUGCCGAAACGAAAACGAAGAACCCGAGUUCCUGAUAAACCAAAUUAUCCCCUAAAUUUAUGGAGUAUAAUGAAAAACUCCAUUGGGAAAGAAUUAUCGAAAAUACCAAUGCCAGUUAAUUUCUCCGAACCACUUAGUAUGCUCCAAAGGUUAGCGGAAGAUUACGAGUAUGCUCAUAUUCUCGACAGGGCAGCAGAAUGUACAGAUAAAUAUGAGCAAAUGGCGUAUAUCGCCGCUUUCACCGUAUCAAGUUAUUCAACGACAGCAAAUAGGACAGGUAAACCCUUUAAUCCUUUAUUAGGAGAAACGUACGAAUGUGAUAGAACUGACGAUCUCGGCUGGAGAUCGAUUUCUGAACAAGUUUCCCAUCAUCCUCCAAUGGUAGCGCAAUAUUGCGAGGGGCGAAAAUGGCGUUGCUGGCAAGAAUUUACAAUGGCUUCCAAAUUUCGUGGCAAAUACCUUCAGGUAAUACCACUCGGCACAGCCCACCUGGAAUUUAACUCAAACUCACAACACUAUACCUGGCGAAAAGUGACGACAACAGUUCAUAAUAUAAUAGUAGGAAAAUUAUGGGUCGAUCAAAGUGGAGACAUGGAUAUCAUUAAUCACACCGAUGGAAUAAAGUGCCAUCUCAAGUACACUCCAUAUUCAUAUUUUUCGAGAGACAGUCAACGAAAGGUUAAAGGCGUUGUGAUGAAUACAAACACCAAGGAAGUGAAAUGGGUCGUUCAGGGUACGUGGGACACGAAAAUUGAAAUAGCUCAAGUCACCAACACUACAGGAACACCAGACAAUCCAGUGUACAAGACUGGUCCCUAUAUUCUUGCCUGGAAACGUCACAUGCCACCGCCAGAUAGCGAAAAGUUUUACAACUUCACGGAGUUAGCCUGCCAACUUAACGAACCGGAAGAAGGUAUUGCUCCUACUGAUUCACGUCUAAGGCCUGAUCAACGAUUAAUGGAAGAUGGACUCUGGGAGGAGGCAAACACUGAAAAACUUCGACUGGAGGAAAAACAACGAGCUGUGAGAAGAGCGCGCGAAAACGAAGCAGAAAAGGCUACUGAUCAAGGUAUGCCAUACGAGAGUUACGAACCACUUUGGUUCAAAAAACAAGAAGAUCCAUUUACAGACAGCCUUUGCCAUAUGUACACUGGAGAAUACUGGGAGUGUAAAAAUAAGCAAGACUGGUCACGAUGUCCAAAUAUAUUUUAAGUUUUAUCUCAUCAACUUGUUUAAUCGGAUAGCAAAAUUCUCAACUAAAAAAAAAAAGUACUCGCUACUAAAUCAAAACAAAAUCAUUAACAGGUUGAUUAUUUAGAUUAAAAAUAUAAAAGUUUCAAUUUGAUGAUUAAAGGAAGUUUAUGUAUAUUUCCACGGUAUCGAAUUAUUCAAGCACAAAACGAAUGACUUUAUCAAAGAUUCACUAAUUUUCGCACGACUAUGGCAGUAUUUUCACUACUGUAUAGUCGUCCGAAAGAGUUGAUCGUUCGCAUUUUAUUCAUACAUGUAUUUUAGUUUUAUUUUUAAAAAACAAAAGAACUUCCGUGCAAAUCGCUCUGAGAUUGAAUCUCAAAAUGUGCUUUGUAAAAGAUCCGUGUGAACACUUGUAAUUAAAAUUCAUAAUAAUUAGAAGCAAAAGCGAGGGUGAUUAGGCUUUUAAACUAGAUGACUUGUAUAUAAGAGAAAAAUUAAUAUCGACUGAAUUUUUGAGUUAAACUCAAAAAUCACGUCGCCAAGUUCAAAGCACACGAGCUUCCACUUUAAUUAAUUAGGGAAGCCUCGGAGCUUUGUACAAAAUAUUAUAAACAUUUCCUGUCCAUAAGUAUACAUUUGCUAAUAUAUAUACAUAUAUUAUUAUUACUUUUAUUAUUAUUAUUAUUAUUGCAAAACGAAUCUGAUUGUAUCAAUUACUUAUGAGCAUAUAAUUUCUGUUGCUCAUGAAUAGUCUACGUAAAGUAGAUAUUCGGAGAGAGUCAUCAGUUUCAAAUGUAAUGCACAUAUUAGCUUUAGCUAAUUAAUUACUGGGCGGAACAACUAAUUUGCAUCGAAAAUUUACAUUAAUAUUAUUAAGUCUCAGGCUGUACUAUAAUUUAAAUGGCUGAUAAUAUCAUAAGAUGACGUCGAUGUACACAUAUAAAUACAGAGUAAUUUUAAAGAUGAAUAAAAUAAUUAUAAAAAAAAUAAAUUAUACGACUAUAAAAAAAAUGGAAACGUUAAUAAAGAUUAAUAAUAAUUAAUGACGAUGAAACGUCAUUUUUGGUAGAGUGUUUGAAUAUUUAAGAUGCUUGUAAAUUAGUCGCUCGCUGAGAAAAUUAAUCGCUUUGCUACGGAAUCAGUGUAAUUUUUGUAGGUUAUAUUUAACGUGUUGAAAAAAUAUUCUUUUGGAGUAAAACAACUUUUAUUGGAAACCAAAAAAAAAAAAAAAAAGGAAAAGCAUCGUUACUACAUAGCUGUAAUUGAAUACAACCAGGAGAUAAUUGAUAGUUUUUAAUAAAAUCUGUUAUAUAUUUUAACACCAGUAGUUUUAUAUUAACUAGCAAA